AUGCAGUGGCUUUCUCCUAAAAUGGAUAACACACAUGACAAUAUCAACCAAGAUGACAUCAGCAAUGACGAUCUUGAACAAGAAUUAUUAGAUUUGCUGAAAGAAAAUCCGCCACAUACGGUUCCGAAUACAACGUUGUCUUCUACUCAGGCUAUUUACUUAUUUUCAUUCUUAUGGGGUAAAACAUAUUAUGAUGAAGAUGAGCUUAUACUUGCUCAACUUGUUAAAUCAAUGGAUAAUGGUAAUCAACCGUUGUCUGGUGGUAGUGGUGGUUCUGAUGAAUUAGACAUGUUGGACAUUAACGAGAAGGAGUUUUUCGAUGAUGAUGAUGAUGAUAAGAAAACAGUAAAAGAAAACACUUUUGAUUCACGUCGUCAAAAAACGGAAUUUACUGCGAAUGUUUCUGGUUCCAAUAUGUCACCAAUAAGUCCACCUUCAAGUGGUAAUAAUCUAAAAGGUGUUCCGAAUGAUACCGCUGUAAAGGCUGAUAAGCAGCCAUUAGAUGUUCGUCAAGCUGUACUUGAUUAUAUCAAUCCUAAAACUACUCCUCCCGGUUUAGAUCUGUUGAAGAAUCGUCAUAAAGAAUACAAAUUAGCCGCUUUAAAAGCUCGUGAUGACGGAGAACUUGGUAAAGCAAAGGAAUUAUUGGAAGCGUCCAAGUGUAUUGGUGAAGCGAUUGUCAAUAUUGAAGCUGGUAAAGAAACAUUCGAUCCUGAAACCGACUUACCUCUACCACCAUCGGAAUACGAAUUUUCUGGUGAAGAUGAAGAGAAUUCAAGUGAAGCUGUCAUCGCACCGCCACCGACAGCAGCGAAACAAACAAAAAUAUUUUGUUUCAUUAAGGAAAAGAUGAAAGAAAUAGGCGAUGAUCCGUCACAAGAUUCAAAAAGACGUCGUUACAAUCGUAUUCUUAAUCGAUAUGAAGGAUUGCGCGCCUGUGAAAAUGGAUAUACUUCCUUUGAAUUUGAAGAACUAGUUCCUCCUCCAGGUUAUCCUCCGUUAAAUGAUUGUUCUAAAAUAUCUAAAGGUGGAAAAUCCACUAGUAGUAAUGAAUCUAAAGCAGCUUUACCAAAGCCUAGUUCUGGACAAGUUUCAGGAAAAAGUAAAUCUGAGGCUGUUGUUACACUUUUAACUAAACGUCAGGAUGAAUUAAAAGAAGCUGCUAAACUUGCUAAACAAGCAGGUAAUAUUGAAUUGGCCAAAAAGUAUAGACGAUCAUCCCUGGGAAUGAAUCAAAUGAUACAAGCUGCUGAGGCUGGUUUCCCAGUUGAUUUAUCCCAGUUGCCACGACCGCCUACACUUAAUGAAUCUGCCGCAUAUAAGCCAAUUUUAAGCGGAUCAAACUGUGAUCCACCUGUGAAGUAUGCAGUCGCCCUCAAAACAUCUUCGGGCGAUCAUCUAGUUCAGGUGUAUUCAGAAAUUUUAUCAGAACAAGAAAAGUUGGUUAAUCAUAUGAUAACUGAACAUCGUCGUAAUGGCGAUCAGUCUAUCAUUUCAAAACUAUCUGAUCUAAUGAGUGUUAAUACAUGCAUAAAGAAACUAUUAUAUAAGCAUAGUCAUCAAGUCGGUAUACUAACACCUUACUUUGAAUAUGCUAAUUUGCCAAAAUCAAAUAUUAAUGCUGAACUGGGUGAUGAUGUCCUCGAGGUAACUGUUCUCCGUGGCAUAGCAUAUCCACUUCCAUCGCAUUAUUCUCAUAUUGAUACAUAUGUUGAUGUGGAAUUAUACAUCAGUACAUCUAGUCCAUCAAUGAAAUUAUCCACUAAUAUUACUAAAUCUAGUUGUGAACCUGUUUAUAGUCAAUCGGUUAAAGAAUUCCGUGUAAAUACAAAAGGUCAGAUAUAUAAACGUUUUGUUCAAAGUAAUCAUUGUUUAAAAGCAACAUUGUCAUUUCAUAGUGUCUAUCUUUGUGUUGUGUUUCUUGUUGUCAUAGACGAGCAAGUAGUCAUAUCUAUCAAUGUUCUAUAA